AUGGGUAUCCCGGGGCUAAUCAACGCGCUCGGCCCUGGGGAGCGGAUAUCUCUGUCAAAGUUGGCGAUAAGCCACCUGGAACGGACAUCUCGGCCGAUCAGAAUAGCUGUUGACAUAUCAAUAUGGCUGUUUCAAAUACAAGCCGGCCGCGGUGGCAAGAACCCAGAGCUUCGCACGUUGUUCUUCAGGCUGCUUAAAAUACUGGCCUUGCCAAUUCACCCGCUUUUUGUCUAUGACGGCAAGGAUAAGCCACCCUUCAAGAGGGGGAAAGCUGUCACAGGGCGCAGUUACGGGAAUGCACCGAUCAUCCAACUCUCGAAGAUCCUGAUCGAUUUGUUUAGAUUCCCCCGUCACGAUGCACCAGGUGAAGCGGAAGCGGAGUGCUCAAGGUUGCAGAUGGCCGGAGUCGUGGAUGCGGUCAUGAGCAACGAUGUGGAUGCACUGAUGUUUGGAUCGGGAUUUACUGUCAUGAACUUCUCGAAAGAAGCUGGGAGCGGUGCUGGUGGCGCAACACACGUUACCUCUUAUAGAAUGGGAGACGGCGCGGACUCUAACGUGAAGCUGGAUCGUCCAGGCAUGAUCCUCUUCGCCAUGCUCAGUGGGGGCGACUAUCUACCGUCGGGUGUUCCCAAAUGCGGCAGUAAACUAGCGGCAGAGAUCGCAACGGCGGGAUUCGGGAAAGACCUUUUAGAGGCACUGGAAGCAGACGGGGCUGAGCUUGAAACACGAUUAAACGAGUGGAGAGAAAGGCUGCAGUACGAACUGGAGGAGAACGAGAGCGGCUAUUUUCAGACAAAGCACAAGGCCGUCCGUAUCCCGGAGACGUUCCCUGACAGGACGAUCCUGUCGUACUACGCCAAACCGGUCGUCUCAUCUGAACAGCAGGUUGAGUCUCUGAGGUACCGCUUGCGCAACGCUUGGGACCGAGAAGUGAAUGUUUCCGAAUUGAGACAGUUCACAGCUUAUGCAUUCGAAUGGAACUAUCGUUCAGGGGCGAGAAAGGUCAUUAGACUUUUGGCUGAACCCUUGGUUUCCUACAGACUUCGUCUUGGGCAGCACCCGACAUCCGGCCGGCCCAGGCUAUCCCAUAGCGAUGCGCAGGUCUUACGGAAGGUUUACAAGAGCCGGACGAGCUUCAGCACAGACGGGCAGACUGAGCUGCAAUUUGAGAUGAUCCCUAUCGAUGUUGUCGGGUUGGAUCUGCUAGCCGAGGAGCCAAAUCCUCCGCUCCCUUCGCAGGAAACGACAGCCUCCGGUGAUGAGGAGGACGACGACGGAGAGGGCGAGAAUUUCAUCCCACAAUCACCGAGCAAAACACGAAAGACAAAGCGAUAUGAUCCUUACGCCCCUGAGAAAGUGUGGGUUUUCGAGACAGUUGCAUCUAUAGGCGUUCCACAGGUUGUAGAGAAGUGGAAGAACGAGCAAUCAGCGAAACAGUCCGCAACAAAGAAAACUGUGGCCCGGAAACAAGGUCCUCGAAGACGAAAAGAGCUGGACCCGAGCAUGAAACAAGGUAGUAUUUUGAAAUACGGUACCCUCAAGAAAGGCCGCUCAGGCAUGUCCGAUCACAAAAGCGCACAAUUAUUCGAGGCAGCCGUUUCCACAUCAUCGCCGACAAAGUCACCCCCAUUUUCCAGUCCUGUAACUGGGCUUUGGACUGGGACUGGUACAUAUGGUCUUUCAAAGUCAACUCCUCCGAGACUAAGUCCUCGCAUGGAUGGCUUCGACUACUUGGUCGACCGGUUUGCGUCUUGCGACCUUUCUAAUUCCGGCUCUCCGGUCAAACGUCGCCCAGCCACAACGCCUCCGAAUGCUCGGCGUGCAGCAAUCACUUCCGGCAGCGUGGAGGUAAUCGAGAUUUCAGACACGGAGGAAGAAUAUACGCCUCCUGUCGCCCCGAGAAUCCGCAUGAGUUACUCAAAUACGAGCUAUAGAGAACUCCGCUGUCAUGACUUUUUCUCGCAACGUUAUAGCCCAAGUCCUAAACAAACAAGGCGGUCGGAAGAGCCGGCAUUGCCUGAUAUUGCGCCUCUCGAGCGCGCAAUCUCAUCUCUGCAAUUGGACACGUUUGAAGAGAAUGUCACGAGACUAUCACCUGGGAAGUCAAGAACGAAACCAAAGGAUUUAGAAAGCGCUGCCGAAAAUAUGACUUUCAGCCAAGACGUCCUGGAAGACCCUAUCGAAGACCCUAACUCGAAACACCAGACAUCGCCCCUCGGCAAGAAGAAGAUUCCCAGUAAAGAGAACACUCAUUUCGAAGGAACCUGCCACGGCGUUACUGAUGCUGCUACCCUUAAUAGCAAUGUUCCAACCCAUGCUGAGUCAAUCACCAUACACGACGGAUAUUGGAGUAUAGAUCAAAGAGCUUCAGACGAUGAGGUCGAGGCACCCUGCACAGACCCGGGAGGGUUAAAGAAAGACAAGAAGAAAAAGAAGAGGCUCGCACGAUUACAAGCUACAAUCGGGUAA